GUCGCAUGGCGAUGACAGUUCUUUUGGGUGGGAUUUUUGGGUCACAUUGGCUCGUGUUUUGUAAACAAGAAGUGCGGAAAAGCGUGAAAAUCACGAUGCCACAGGGAAAAAUCAAGGUGAAGACGAAAGUCCCGGACGCCGUGAAGAAGAGACUGCAGAAGAAGAAGGGUGUCGCAUUCACGAGGCGUGCCAAUGCGCCCAUUCAGCCCCGGAAGGCGAAAAUGCAGGAGACGCAGAAGAUCAAGCAGAUGCUGAGCAAGGCUGUGAACAAGUCCGUCGAGGAGGACAUCAGAGCUCGCGCCCAGGAAGGAGAGAUCAACUUCAGCAAGGCUCAGAACGCUGUGGCGAAGCACAACAAGAACAUCAAGGCGAGUUCCACGGCGGAGAGCCAGUGACCUUGAAGACAUCGAUUUGUUUUGACAGUUUGUUGGCCUGGGAAUAAAGAGGGAGUUGUUUUCUGGCGGA